AAAAAUUUGAGAAGCUGGCUUUGCAUAUACUACUACUGCCAUUGUGUAGCGGUGGAUCUCUCUCUCUGUCUCUCGGUUAUGGUGGAGGAAAGGAAGGUAAUUAGUGUGAAAUGAUGAACAGGUCAAGGAAUAUUCCUGCGGCGGAGGGAAUGCAGUUACGGAGUCACCGCCGUGGUCAAAGUUUGACCGGCGGAUUGUCGAAGGACGUGUCGGAUGAGAACCAGCUUGACCUUUUCUCUAAGACUCGUCGUACUCUGUCCGUUGCGUCCUCCGAUGAUUCUUCUGAUGUUUCGGUGAAGCUGGGGAGACUGUCAGUUGGAUCAGCGAAAUUGGCAAGGAGUGGGAUCGAUGAUCUGUUGUCGUCUACGGAGGGAGGAAAGCACGAUUAUGACUGGCUUCUUACUCCUCCUGGCACUCCUCUCUUACCUUCAUCCGAUGGAAGUGAAUUUCAAACAAACCCAGUUGCUCCGAGAAGCAGUUCCUUGGCUAGAUCUGUUUCCACUACAAAGGCUUCAAGGCUUUCAGUUUCACAAUCGGAAAGUAACCAUACCGCAAGACCAGCCAGAAGCAGUUCAGUGACUCGCUCUUCAGUUUCUUCUUCACAAUAUAGUACUUAUUCUUCUAAUAGAGGACCUUCAAUCCUCAAUACUAGCUCAGCUUCAGUCUCAUCUUACACUAGACCUGCCUCCCCGAGUACACGUUCUGCAUCAAGACCUUCCACACCAUCGUCCCGCCCAACUGCAUCCAGAUCUUCAACUCCUUCUAGAACCCGUCCUUCUCUCACCAGCUCUUCUGUUGACCGGACCCGACCAACCCAAAAUUCAAGGCCAUCAACUCCAAGUUCUAGGCCUCAAAUCCCUGCAAACUUGAAUUCCACAGCUUCCCGAUCAAACUCUCGUCCAUCAACUCCCACUCGUCGGAAUCCAGUUUCUUCCAUAAUUCCAGCAGUGGGUCCUUCAAAUUCAGCUGGCCGUGUUAUGUCAAAUGGGCGCACUUCUGGACCAGCAUCUCGACCCAGCUCCCCAAGCCCCCGAGUUCGGCCCCCACAACAGCCAGUUGUUCCUCCUGAUUUUCCUCUUGACACACCACCAAACCUUAGAACAACUUUGCCACCAGACAGGCCAGUGUCUGCAGGUAGGUCCAGGCCAGGUUCUGUAACUGUAAAAGGGAACCCAGAAGCUACUGGCUCUGUAAAUAUGCCAAGAAGACAUUCAUCACCCAUUGUGUCGAGGGGAAGACUCACAGACCCCCCUGGAAGGAGUCGUACUCCUGCCAAUGGGCAUACUGACAUACCAGAGUCUCGAAGGACCUCACACAUCUCCGAGUUGUCGAUGCGGAAACCUGUAAAGCCCUCAUCUACAGUACCAGAGAGCACUGGAUUUGGGAGGACAAUAUCCAAAAAAUCACUGGACAUGGCCAUCAGGCAUAUGGAUAUAAGAAAUGGUUCAGGGAGCAUCCGUCAACUUUCAGGCACCACCCUCUUCCCUCAGAGUAUUCGAUCUGCCACUUCUAAAACCCAUUCUGCUCGAGCUUUGGAAUCUGUGAACAUCAAUGGAGGCCUCCAAAAUAGGGGCAUUUGGGAGAGAGGAAACAGCAUCAGCAGAACCUCAGAAAAUGGAAAUGAUGCAAAUGAUGGACGAUACUCUGCAAAGUUGAGUGAAGUAGACAUCUAUGAAAGCUCCCGUUAUGAUGCAUUACUACUUAAAGAGGAUUUGAAGAACACAAAUUGGCUGCAUAGUAUCGAUGAUAAAUCCGAACAAGGACUGAUUUUUGAUAACGGGUUCGACCCACUGCCAGAACCCUUCGGCCUGUUAUAGCAUAUCGGAGAAUUGGGUUUUUUCUUUUUCUUUUUUCUCUUUGAUAAUUUUUAAAUUAUAUUCUAUGCUCUUACCAUUAUUUGGUUACUUUGGAAGAAUGGAAUCUGUCAACUUCUAUCACUAAAACACCUGAGUGUAGAGGCUGUAUUUUUCUGCAAAAGAUAAUGGCUCUAUUAUCUGUCUUCAAUUAUUUGCAUUUUAUGCUUCAAA